CUGCUUUCUCUCCACAUCAAUGAUUACUACAUCUAAAGCUGAUGUAGUCAAGCAAAGCAACAAUGUUCCUUUGGGACUACAUUUGCCUACUUUUUUGAGUGGCUGCUGUAUUUGGAAUAUAGAAGAGCUAUGCUUUCUACCUUUUCUUCACUUGGGAUUCAACAUUUUUUCAGCAAUGAAAACAAAUAAACUAGACAAUCAGGAAAUAAGUGGAACUAAAUGACUUAAAUGAGUUGAUUUCUGGUAAGUGUUUUUGUACUUUUAAAAUAAUAAAUGGUGUCAAUAAGACAUGUGUCCUACUGUAAGUAGAAGCAUGUGAAUGAUACAAUUCAGAAAUGAGUUAGAGGACACAUUUUAUACAUAAAUAUAUACCUGCAUAUUCUCUGCACUGGAGGAAUGAAGCCUUUUUAAAGCAAACUCCACCUCCAGGAGUCAAAAGAGAGGAAGAUUCUCAGAACAAACUGAACAUUAUCCAGUGAGGCUGUCCAUGGUCUAGAUUCUGCCAUCAUGAGACCGGAUGACAUUAACCCCCGGACUGGAUUGGUAGUGGCGUUUUGCAGCAUCUUCUUGGUUUUUGGGUUUAUGUUUACAGUCUCGGGAAUAAAGGGUGAGAUGUUGGGAGAUAUUCCCUUGUUGGUCAUUGGGUUAGCUCUAUUCUUGCCUGGAAUUGGUGCAAUCAUGUUGGCGAAAAAGACUGAAGGUUGUACACAUUGCCCGUGUUACUCACAGUGUUGUCGCAGGAAAAAAGGAAAGAAUAAGGAAGACUCAGAGUUGUUGGAAGUCCCUUGGGACCUGGAAUCUGGGAAAGGGGGCUGUGAUGACAUGGACAAAGAUAGGCAUCCAAGAUCAGGGGAGGACUCUGUUUCCACAACAACCACUGUUGGGGAAUCCCGGAGUCUGAUCCGAAGGGUGGACCAAGAAGAGGUGAUACGUUACCUUGAGGCUUGCUAUCCUUCCAGUGUCUUCACCAGGGUCCGGGAUGUCACCUCUUACUGUGUCCUAGAUCACAUGUGUGCCCCCAGAGACAGCGUUGCCUACAUUGCUGCUCGUAACAGUGUGGUAUAUCUGCCUAGAGACAGCAUUGUGGUAUACACACACAGGGACAGCACUCCCUAUGGAGGGUACUGCUGCUUCAUCAACCCAGGGGAUUUCAGCUGGAGCCACGAGACUUUUGUCUGACUGCAGUUUCAGGGAAUAUGACCCUCUCUAUGAUUUGCAUUGCAUGAAACGCUUUGAUACAGGUUUAAACAAUGGAAUGUGAUUGGUGCUUGGCCUUCCCUUUAAUUAUAUUCCUUAAGUGAGGGGUUAUACAAAUGUGGAUGUUUACGGACUUCUUCUAUUAAUAGUUCCUCAAAGUCCUGAUGGUUACCAGCAUACAACCACGCAGCAAAUGCUGACAUUUUCAACAUCAUCCUGUGAUGAUAUUUUGGAGCUUUAUAUUUAAUUGGGAACUGAGCUUAAUGAAACCUAAUUCUGUGUUAAAAUAGUCCAAAAUCUUCACUCCACCUUAAAACACUUAACUUGCAUUUGUUUAUGGAAAGAAACAAACAGAUUUAACCUCUUAUCUGCCAGACCACAAGGAAAUGUCACCCUCUCCAAGCUUCAAAGGAACUUGAUUAAUUUACUAUACUGGAAAGAGACUUCCUGGAACAAGGAAUUUGAAAGGAUUGGCAUUUUAAGGGUUAAUGGGCAACAGCGACAUCUAGUGGAUAAAGCGGUGAUAGUAUCAAUGAUCUGAGAUAAAAGAAACUUGAUAUGUCUAAAAAAGAUAGUUGCUGUUAUUUUGUAUUAAAUCUAUUACGAUAUAAAUGUACAUGGGUAUGAAAUGUUCUUGUAUGUAAAACCAUAACACUGGGAGUAUUAUAGAUGUUGGAAAACAGUCAUAUAAGUGUUUUAUACAGCUAUUUUACUACAAACACUCAAAUGUUUAGUAUGUACCGAACGCGUAUUUCAUGGUGAAGAUUAAACUAAAUGCGUAGUUAAUUCUAAGAUACUCAGAAAGAGUUAUCUUACUAUGAGAGUUUUGGUUUUAAACAUGCUUUCCUCAAUGCUUGUAAGAAUGCUAAUUUAGGUGUGGUCAUAAAUACCAUCUUAUUUGAAAUCCUCCUAACACAGAGUCCGAUGGCGGUACGUUCGUCCUCUUUAUCUAAUUGACCAAUCCUAAGAGGUUGCCAAGAACUUCUCUGAUUGGUUAUCCUAAAUGCAUUCAAGCUUGUGUUUAUCCUAUUUUCUCGGUGCUGUCUCCCAUCCAAAAGGUGCUUUCUCACUCAUCCAGGAUGUUCUCACUCAUCCAUCCAAGAUGUGAUCACUUCAAAGAACGUGCCCUCUUCAGCAAAGGUACUCGCUGCAAACAUCCUACAAAGAAGUCUACGUCACAGCCUGAGUGAAGUACCCGUUGCCAUGGAAACUAGUGAUGGGAAAAAUGAAACCUCCUGAACCACUGAAUCAUUUGAUUCACAAAAAGAUUCACUGAGCCGAAGCACAUGAAGUGCUUCGUGCUGUUUGGUGCCAUCUCUUAGUAGAUCUGCACAACUCAAUGAGAGUAAAGACAGCCCCCUGUCUCCAGAGAGAAUGCAUUUAGUAAAGUGGACAACUGCACUAAUGCUCAGAGAAGGCAAUGUGUUAUAUAGUGACAUUUCAUAUACUUCUGACAUAGCAAUUGCAUUUUUAAUUUUCUCAGUUAACUAGGCAUCUAUAAUUUAAACAAUAGUUUCAGUGUAAAGCAACAUUUUAGUGCUUUUUCUAAAGACUGAGCUUGGACGUUGUUUUUAUUGAAAUUGCCUGGAAUAUUUAUUUUACAUAUAAACCACACAUGUGAUUAACCAAUAAAACCUUUUUAAAUAAUCACAUUAGGAAUAUAAGUGUUGUUCAAUCAAAAACAAGGUCUUGUCGUUUGAAAUAAAAGACGGCAUAAUUUGAUGAGGCUUCAGCAACCGUAAUCAGUGUGUAAAAUGGUGUGAUAAGCAGAUUAUUUUGACUCAUGCUUACAAGCAGAUUCUUUGGUGGCGCAUGUAGUAUAGCUCUAGCUAUAAAGUAGAGAGAUGGAAAAUAGUGGGUUUGAAUCCAUGCUGUUUCAAUUUUUAAAGAAAUUGUGUACUCUGUAUCCUUUAUACAUGGAUAAUAGAUCAGAGGAUUGAAAUGGGGCGGUACUCACCGGUACAGAGUAAAACAGCAAUAACAUUAUUAUUUUUUUGUUUGUUUUUUUAAUGUCAAAUAUUUGAGUCAUGCCACUUCUGCAUUUAAAACAUCUGAGUAGCACUUUAAUUCUUAUCACUGAUUAUCUGUCUGUUUUCUUUUCAAAACUGUCAGCUGCAUUUAUGUGACAGUUGUUACAUUGUUGUCCAAGCAGCAGUUGCAAGGUUUACGUCACAGCAGAGCAUAAACUGCAACUCCCAGAGUGUAUUGCAAAACAGAGCGGGAGAAUUUAUUUUGAAUGGUCCAGGUCAAGUUGUGAUUAGACGCAGUACUGAUUAGACGAGAUGAGCUGGACAGGGAGAGAGGGAAAGAGAGACAGCUGGACAGGGUGACUGAGAGAGCUGGACAGGGAGACAGACAGAGAGAGAGCGAGAGUGAGAGAGAGAUAGAGGUGGGCAGGGAGUCUAAGAGUACUGUGAGUACCGCCAAGCACUGGAAAAUACGUAAAUGUUUAUGAAAUAUAAAACAAAAAGCAGCAUCUUGAUGAAAAAAAGUUCCUUUCAACUUGACUGAAACACCACACUGUGAGCACCAUUGCCAAGUACGUAUUGGGUUAACAAAAUUAAUUUCCUUCCUAUCAGCUACUGCUAAACACCAUUCGUUGGUCACAUGACCUAGUGGUUCACACGAACCACAUGACUCUUUGCUUCAUAACACUGCUUGCUUCAAUUGGUUCAUGUGGGGUUGAAUCAGCUGAGGCCUCAGUCUCAUCACUAAAGGAAACCGUCUGAUACAAUCUUCCAAGCAACGUGGCUGCCUACCUGAAUGAAACGUGGACGAGAUCCAGUACUUUAUUCUAGAAAUUGUCGGGUUUUUUACCAUACAUUAUAUCUAUGUGUUUUUGUAUGUGUGUCUGUGUGUAUUUUUUCCAUAAGGGCCUGCUGCCUGCAACACUGGAAACCUUGUUGCGUAACUAUUAAAUAUAAACUCUACUUUUCAUAUUACUUCAGUGGAUGCACAGAUGAAGCAUAUGAUUCGUUAUCUAAAUAAUGUUUGUUGAAAUGUAUAUUAAUCAAAUUUAUUACAUACUCCAAAUUCAAAGGUUGUGAAAGCAUUUCUGUUAUGUAAACGUAUGGUAUGAAUUCAGGUGUGAUGCAAAUCCUGACUGUUAAAUCUCCUUUCUUCUCACAUUAAGCUAGUUUGACUACUAGUAUUUACGGAUUCGCUAUUUUGUACAGUUAGA